CCCCUUUAAGCCGGGCCGGAAGUCGGAAGGCGAGAAAUCCGCCUGAUCCUUAAAGGGGGCGGAGCCUCGGCCGGCGGCGGCGACUUCGAACCGACUGGGCGAGCUGGGUGGACCGUGCCCCGCGUCUCCAUGCACCAGCACUACCCAGAAUCUGCCCAUGCCCACCCCAGGCUGGAGGGCUGGUCUGGCUCCUUCUGCAGCCAUGACUCCCCAGCCUCCACCGAUGUUCCCCCUAUUCGCUCUAAGGCGUGCGGCCCAUGGACCCUGUUCUCCCUGGAUGAGGAGUUGGAGGAUGAGGAUUUCCUGUCAGCCGUGGAGGAUGCUGAGAACCAGCUUGCUGGGGUCCUGCCUGGGCCAGUAGGGUGCCUGUCACCUACGUCCUCCUGUCCACAGGCAGCUGUGCAGAUACCGUACCCCAGACCCCCAGCCCUGCGUCCCUCAGCGGCUUUGGCAGCAAGGCGCCAAUCUGCCCCAGAACUGUGCCGCACUGACCAUAGUACACCCAGUGCUGCUGGGGACGCCCUGAGGCCGUGCCUGACGUCUUGCAGCUGGAGUGACGGCCAGGGACCAGACUGGCCAGGGGGAGCCUGGGAGGGACCAGCACAGGAUGAGCUGGACCAGGUCCUGGCUGGCCUGGAGCUGGACCUGGGGGCUAGUGCCGGGGACCCACCGCCAGCUAAAAGGGCCCGGGUCUCAGACUUGAGCGGCCUCACCUCGCACCCUGAGGCGGCCUCACCCCUCCAGGAGCCCCGAGAGACCGCUGGGCCCCAUAGGACUCCACAGCUGCUCCUGAGACCUGGUGCCACCUGGGCAGCUGCCAACCCACCAGGGCACAUUCCUCAGCCAUGUGGCACCUCGGUACCCCCUGACCACUGCAACCCACAGAGCCCUGGACCCUGGCAGCCCUAUCUUCCUCCCCAAACCUGGGCAGGCAACAAACCUGGCCCUCCUGGACCCCAAGCUCCUGGCACCCAUAGCUGUGCUGUCUCUCUUGGGACAUCGCCUGCAGUCUCAUCCAUCAGCACCCCAAGAGGGCCCCGGACCUCGCUGCAGACACCUGUUGUCACCAACCACCUGGUGCAGCUGGUUACUGCCACCACCCGGACCCCAGCCCGUGCCCAAACCCGCCGCUUCCCUGGCCCUGCCGGGCUCCUGCCGCAGCAGCAUGACCAGAAGGACCUGGAGGAGAUUAUGGUUUCUACGCCGCAGACCCCAGCCCACGGUGCAGUAGCCAAGCCCCGCACAGAGGCCGUCGUCACCAGCACACAGACGCCCGUGGAGGAGGACUUCGGUCGCGGGCCCUGGCUGGCCAUGAAGGCGGCCCUGGGCCUGGACGAUGGCGACCCCACCUGCUUCCUGCGCACCUGCAGUGUGGCCGUGGUGCUGCAAAAAGCGGCCCUGAGGCAGCUCCCUGGGAACAAGGUGCCGGCCAUGGCCGUGAUGGUCCAGUCCCUGAUGCGCAGCAGUGUGGACGCCAGUGUGGUGCUGAGAGACCCCACGGGGGCAAUGCAGGGGACCGUGCACCGGGCGCUGCUGGAGGCGCGGGGGGGCGAGCUGAAGCCGGGUGCCGUGCUGCUGCUGCGGCAGGUUGGGGUGUUCUCUCCAUCCCUCCGGAGCCACUACCUCAAUGUAACGCCCAGCAACCUGGUCCACAUUUACAGCCCGGAUUCGGGAGACAGGGACCCGCUCAGAGCACCACAGCCCAUCCCCAAGGGCCCAGGAAGUCCCCAGGGAAGACACCAGCUGCACGUGGCCACGCAGUCCAGGGCAGGCCUGGGGUCCCUGGGACCCCCCGAGGAGGAAGCUCCGGAGUCUGGUCUCUCCAGGGACCCUGCCCCGCUCCAGGCACUUCGGCUCUGGAUGGAGGACAAGGAGAUGACCUGGAUGGACUCCUGAAUGAGCUGCCCGAGCAUUUCUUCAGUGGCAGCAGCAGCCUGGGCCACCCCGAGGCAGGGCCAACGUGAGCAGCAGCCCCUGCCCCAGCCCCUGGAGGCAGUGACAGCAGCCGAGUUCAUCCUGGGACGCUGACCCCAAGCCAUCUCCUCAGACUCCACACUGCAGGCCUUGGCUUCUGGAGCACUGGAGGCCCCGCCUGGCCUGGCCCUGCCCACUGUUGCCUGCCCACGACAUCUCCCUCCUUGGGGAAACCAGGGGUGUGGGCCUGUGUCCUUAUCCCGUGUUGGCCCCACAGCCAUGGGGACCCACACCCGGCAUCCAGUCCUGAAAUAAAGCUGUAGCCACUCUGGUGUCCUGGCCGGGCACAACUGGGCAUGCCAUGCA